UCUGUGAAUGACCUGACGUGAGCGCGCAGGAUCAAUCCGUCGGUAAGCGGCACCGUGUGCGGACCGUCUGUCCGUCUUGAGCUGGACUUCUGGUCCUCGGCUAUGCUCUCCGUGCUCCCGCCGUGCUGGGACGCUCCACAGCCGCCGGUGCAGGAUGUACUUCAACCGGAGAUCGAAGAAGAUCCACAGUGAGGGAGAACAUUUAGUCCUGACCCCUCUUAGCCAGGAGUCAGACUGCCAGCCGGACCAGCCCAUGAACUCCAACAUGCACCCCUGUCUGGCAGACAGAUUUGAGAAAAGACCCGUGUGCUCGUCCGCUGGUUACCGCAGGGCAGAAGACGAGAUGUCGGCCAGCACGUCCCAGGCGGAGCCCGCAGACAGCACGGCACGCACGGUGUUCCUCAACCGGCCUCAGAUUACCAAGUUCUGUGAUAACCACGUCAGCACAACCAAGUAUGGGAUCUUCACCUUCCUGCCUCGCUUCCUGUAUGAGCAGAUCAGACGAGCUGCCAAUGCUUUCUUCCUCUUCAUCGCCCUAAUGCAGCAAAUCCCGGAUGUCUCACCGACGGGUCGCUACACCACGCUGGUGCCUCUCAUCUUCAUCCUGACGGUGGCUGGGAUCAAGGAGAUCAUUGAGGACUAUAAGAGACACAAGGCGGACAACACAGUGAACAAAAAGAAGACGACAGUUCUCCGGAAUAACGCAUGGCAGACCAUAAUUUGGAAACAGGUGGCAGUGGGAGACAUAGUGAAGGUGACCAAUGGGCAGCAUCUCCCCGCUGACAUGGUCAUAGUGUCGUCCAGUGAACCUCAGGCCAUGUGCUACACUGAGACCUCCAACCUGGACGGAGAGACAAACCUGAAGAUCCGACAGGGUCUCUCUCUCACGGCCAGUCUGCAGUCUCUGGAGGAGCUGGUCACUCUGUCUGGUCGGCUGGAGUGUGAGGGGCCCAACAGACACCUGUAUGACUUCACUGGUACACUGCGUCUGGACAACCAUAACCCUGUUCCUCUUGGACCGGACCAGGUUUUGCUCCGUGGUGCCCAGAUCAGAAACACACAGUGGGUCGUGGGUAUUGUUGUCUACACUGGCCAUGACUCCAAACUCAUGCAGAACUCCACUAAAGCUCCUCUGAAGCGGUCUAACGUAGAACGGGUGACUAACGUUCAGAUCCUGGUGCUGUUCUGCAUAUUGCUGGUGAUGGCGCUGGUUAGCUCUAUUGGUGCUGCCAUCUGGAACAAGCAGCACACCAAUGAAGCCUGCUGGUACCUCUCACGGACUGGUGACAUCUCUUUGAACUUCUGGUACAAUCUGCUGACCUUCAUCAUUCUGUACAACAACUUGAUUCCCAUCAGCCUGCUGGUCACACUGGAGGUGGUCAAAUUCACACAGGCGCUCUUCAUUAACUGGGACAGAGAGAUGUACUAUGCAGAAACGGACACGCCCGCAAUGGCUCGAACAUCGAACUUAAACGAAGAGCUCGGCCAGGUGAAAUAUCUGUUCUCAGACAAGACGGGCACUCUGACCUGUAACGUCAUGAACUUCAAAAAGUGCACCAUCGCCGGCAUCACGUACGGGCACUUUCCAGAUCUGGAGGCGGAUCGAUCCAUGGAGGAUUUCAGUCACCUUCCUUCAAACAGCCACAACUCGACGGAGUUUGACGAUCCUGCUCUCAUUCAGAACAUCGAGAAGGAACAUGUAACCUCUCCUCAGAUCUGUGAGUUCCUGACCAUGAUGGCUGUGUGUCACACCGUUGUUCCUGAGCGAGACGGAAACCAGAUUAUCUAUCAGGCCUCCUCACCAGAUGAAGGAGCGCUGGUGAAAGGAGCCAAAAGUCUGGGCUUCGUGUUCACUGCAAGAACUCCACGUUCGGUCAUCAUAGAAGCGCGGGAAAAAGAGCUGUCGUACGAGCUGCUCAACGUCCUCGAAUUUUCCAGCAAUCGGAAGCGAAUGUCGGUGGUGGUGAGAAUUCCGUCAGGAAAACUGCGCCUGUACUGCAAAGGAGCUGAUAAUGUGAUAUUUGAGCGACUGCAUGAAUCCUCUCAGUAUAAAGAUCUGACCAUAACUCACCUGGAACAGUUUGCAACUGAAGGUUUGCGGACGCUGUGCUUUGCCUACGUGGAUCUGGAGGAGAACGCGUAUCAGGAGUGGCUGAAAGCUUAUAACGUCGCUAGCACAAUAAUAAAGGACCGAGCACAGAAACUAGAGGAAUGCUACGAACUGCUGGAGAAGGACUUACUGUUGCUCGGUGCUACCGCUAUAGAGGACCGCUUGCAGUCCGGCGUCCCCGAGACCAUUGCCACGCUCAUCAGGGCGGACAUCAAGAUCUGGGUCCUGACCGGAGACAAGCAGGAGACGGCCAUCAACAUCGGUUACUCCUGUCGACUGGUGACACACGGGAUGUCCCUAAUCAUCAUCAACGAAGACACUCUGGAUGACACUCGAGCCACGCUGGUCAGACACUGCUCGUCUUUAGGAGAUUCUCUGGGGAAGGAGAACGAUCUAGCGCUGAUCAUCGACGGCCAGACGCUCAAAUACGCGCUCUCGUUCGAAGUGCGCCAGACCUUCCUCGAGCUAGCCCUGUCCUGCAAGGCUGUCAUCUGCUGCAGGGUCUCUCCGCUGCAGAAAUCGGAGAUAGUGGACAUGGUGAAGAAGCACGUAAAGGCAAUCACGCUGGCCAUCGGUGACGGCGCCAACGACGUCGGAAUGAUCCAGACUGCACACGUGGGUGUGGGCAUCAGUGGCAACGAGGGCAUGCAGGCUACCAACUCAUCCGACUACUCUAUAGCCCAGUUCUCGUACCUGGAGAAGCUGUUGCUGGUACAUGGAGCCUGGAGCUACACUCGAGUCACUAAAUGCAUCCUGUACUGUUUCUACAAGAAUGUGGUGCUGUACAUCAUAGAGCUGUGGUUCGCCUUUGUGAAUGGUUUCUCUGGGCAGAUUCUGUUCGAGCGCUGGUGCAUCGGCCUGUACAACGUGAUCUUCACAGCGCUGCCUCCCUUCACGUUGGGGAUUUUCGAUCGACCGUGCAGCCAGCAGAACAUGCUCCGCUUCCCACAGCUGUACCGCAUCACACAGAACGCGGACGGAUUCAACACCAAAGUGUUUUGGGGUCACUGUAUAAAUGCUCUUAUCCAUUCCAUCAUUCUCUUCUGGUUUCCGCUGAAAGUACUGGAACAUGACACUCCAUUUAACAACGGCAACAGCGUCGACUACCUGUUCAUAGGAAACAUCGUCUACACGUAUGUGGUGGUUACGGUGUGUCUGAAAGCUGGGAUGGAGACCACAGCAUGGACAAGGUUCUCUCAUUUGGCCGUGUGGGGCAGCAUGGUGCUCUGGAUGCUCUUCUUUGCCGUGUAUUCUUUCAUCUGGCCGCACAUUCCCAUAGCUCCGGACAUGCUGGGCCAGGCUGGCAAGGUCUUGCAGUGCUGGAGCUUCUGGCUGGGACUGAUACUGGUGCCAGCAUCAUGCCUGCUCAAAGACGUGGCAUGGAACGCAGGGAGGCGCACAGUUCGGAAGUCUCUCAUGGAGGAGGUGCAGGAGUUGGAGGCGCGGGCUGUUGAUCCUGGCGCGGCUGUACUUAGGGAUUCCAGCGGCCGCAGUCUGAACGAGCGCGCCCACCUGCUGACCCGGGUGUUCAGGAAGACGCCGUCCAGCGUGGGCCGCUCCAACUCUGUGCAGCAGACGGUCACACAUGGCUAUGCAUUCUCCCAAGAAGAGCACGGGGUCGUUUCCCAAUCCCAGGUCGUGCGCUCCUAUGACACCACCCGCCAGCGGCCCAGCCUGUAGCCACACCACACCUCAAAAAUGCAAGGGCGGCAGCUGACAGACUUUUUUCAGGGCAUUUCUGCCCCCAUAAGCCUGCUGUGGCCUUACUGGACCUCUCAAACGAACAGGACUGAAGUGGACCUGGCCUGCACUGAAUCGGGUCUCACUUUUCAUAACCAGGCCUUUCCAGAAAAGACUGGACUAGAGGGGAAAUAAGUGGGUGGGAAGGGGAGGGGAGAUGGGGCGGGGCAUACUGAGACAGAUGGGCAUUAGGAGCCAAUCAGCAUCCAGACAUGAUGCAUGGAAAUCAGAGACGGUGGUGUUUCUGACUGUAACUAUCGCUGCGCUACACAGCCCCGUGGAUGUCGUCAUGCAUGUGCGUAUACACACGUCUGUAUGUGUGGAUGUGUUUGUGUAUGUGUGCGUUCAUGUUUCAUGUUGAGGGAACCUAUAUGUGUGUGUGUGUGUGUGUGUGUUUGUUUAAGUAUUGACCAUUCCCUCUCAUCUCUGUCUCUUGAGCUUGGAGUUCAGCCUGUCUGUCAUCACCAGCGUGAUGCUGGAGAAGAACUCGAAAAUAAACAUUAAACCUGCA